UCCGUCGUUUCGUGUUCGGUUGGUGCCCAAUCGCCAUGUCGAAAAAGUUGACUAAAUUUCAAAUCAUCCUCGAUCGGGGCGCCCUGCUCUACCUUCCCGGGCAGGUGCUUUCCGGGCGUGUGCUGCUGGAAACGCAGGGCAACACGGCCGUCCUUGGGCUGCACUUUCACGUCCUCGGCGAGUGUACGGUGCACGUGCCGAAGGGUCGCCGGGAUAGGUCGCACGACCGGGAGAAUUACAUCGACUUUCGCAUGAAGCUGCUGGAUGACUUCGACAACAAGCCGAUCCUGCUGUCGCCCGGCAUCCACUGCUUCCCGUUCAAGCUCGGACUGCCGGUGUCCCUGCCCUCCACCUUUCUCGGUCGGCACGGCUGGGUGCAGUACUAUUGCAAGACGAGCCUACAGGAAACGUCCGGCAUUACGCACAAAAACCAGCAGGUGUUCAUCGUGUUGAAUCCCAUCGAUUUAAACCUGGAAGUGCCGAUCAUGAGCACUCCGCUGGAGGUGAACGUGGAUCAUCGUGUGGGCGUCGGCUACAUUGGUGGCACGGUGCGCUGCAACGUGGGACUGGACAAGCGGGCCUACGUGCCCGGCGAGAGCAUUCUGCUCACCGGCGAGGUACACAACCGUACGAAUGUGACCGUGAAGCUGCUCAAGUAUGCCCUCAUCGAGACGGUGAAAUACUUUGUCCACAGCAAGCUGGUCCACCAGGAGCGCCGGGAGCUCGAUGCAAUCGCGCGAGAUAAAAUCAAGUCGGGUGGGCGAGACGUCCUGCAGAAUGGCCACCUGACGGUUCCACCCCUACCGCCCACGAACCUGCUCGGCUGCCAUCUGAUCAAAGUCCAGUACAGCGUUUGUGUGCUGAUAGAACCGAAUCUCAUGGAGCGCCAGGAAGCCAUCCGGAUCCCGAUCACGCUCGGGACGUACCCGUUCCGCCGGGACGACGAAAACUUGCAGGAGUGGGUGGAUAACUACGUGCAGUAUCCCGCUGCGCUGCCCGUUUCCCGCGGAACGCCAUUCGAGGUGCUGCAGUAGCAGCUUUGCGCACCCCAGGAGAGACGUCACUCACGAUUAACAUAAAGUUUGCAGUGACGAUGCUUCAGCCGGAUGCCGUAGCAUAGCCAUGAAAAAUAAAUAAAACUAUCUUAUCUUCUUGGGCUCCAUUCCGCGUCCCCAAGGAUAGCAAAAAUACCAAGUAAAAAACAGAAAAAGUCUGUUACAAAGUCAUGCGGAAAAUG